CCACGCUUACCAGAGGAGGUGAAGCUUAAGCUGGGUCUCAGGGACUCAUGACAGUAAGGUAGUCAAAAACUGAGAGUGCGCAGGAAGAUGUUCUAGGUAAAGGGAACAGUACGUGCAAAGGCAGGAGGCACCAGAUAGCAUGUCACGUGUAGGAAGCUUUAAUAUUGCUGUUAAAAAUGACUUCAGUAUAUGGUACAUGGGAGAGAGUGGUGAGAGAGGAAGCUGAGUCAGUGGGCGGCUGUAAUUUCAUGAGGGGCCUUGAAUGUCAUCCUCUAGGCUGGGGGUGCAAACGUGAGCAAGGCCAAGUCCUUGAGGAACAUGUCCGUAGCUCCAGUUCUCGUUUGUACAUCAGCAGUUCUCAAAUUAAUAGCUCUAGUCCAGACCUCACCUUUGAGCUCCAGAUCUGGAUAUCCAGCUGCCUAGUUGGCCUCUUCAGUACAGAAGAUUAAACUCUACAGAAGAAUGCAAUCAAGUGAUGGCUUUUUCUUUAGAAUUUGAAUAUGGAAGCCACAGGAACAGAUGAUGUUGACAAGCUAAAAACUAAAUUUAUAUCUGCUUGGAACAACAUGAAAUAUAGUUGGGUGUUGAAAACAAAGACGUAUUUUAGUAGAAAUUCCCCUGUAUUAUUGCUUGGAAAAUGUUACCAUUUUAAAUAUGAAGAUGAAAAUAAACUAUUACCUCCAAGGUCAGGAUGUACAAUAGAAGAUCAUGUAAUUGCGGGAAACGUGGAAGAAUUUCGUAAAGAUUUUACUUCAAGAAUAUGGCUGACCUACAGGGAAGAAUUUCCUCAAAUAGAAGGCUCCAGUGUGACAACAGACUGUGGUUGGGGCUGUACACUAAGAACUGGCCAGAUGCUUUUGGCUCAAGGACUCGUGCUACACUUUCUUGGUAGAGCUUGGACCUGGCCUGAUGCUUUGAACAUUGAAAAUUCAGACUUGGAAUCAUGGACUUCCAACACUGUAAAAAAAUUUACUGCAUCAUUUGAAGCAUCGCUUUCAGGGGAAAGAGAACUCAAAACCCCAACAAUUUCUCUGAAGGAAACAGUUGGGAGAUAUUCUGAUGAUCAUGAAAUGCGAAAUGAGAUUUAUCACAGGAAGAUCAUCUCUUGGUUUGGUGAUUCCCCCUUGGCUCUUUUUGGUUUACAUCAACUAAUAGAAUAUGGAAAGAAGUCUGGGAAAAAAGCUGGAGAUUGGUAUGGACCAGCUGUGGUUGCUCACAUUUUAAGAAAAGCAGUUGAAGAAGCAAGACACCCUGAGUUACAAGGAAUAACUAUUUAUGUUGCACAGGAUUGUACAGUUUACAGUUCUGAUGUAAUUGAUAAACAGUGCGCUUCCAUGGCCUCUGAUCAUACAGAUGAAAAAGCUGUUAUUAUUCUAGUUCCUGUUAGACUUGGUGGAGAAAGAACCAACACCGACUACUUAGAUUUUGUAAAGGGUAUUUUAAGCCUUGAAUAUUGUGUGGGUAUUAUUGGUGGCAAACCUAAACAGUCAUAUUACUUUGCUGGAUUUCAAGAUGACAGUUUGAUUUACAUGGAUCCUCAUUACUGCCAGUCUUUUGUAGAUGUCAGCAUAAAGGAUUUCCCUCUUGAGACAUUCCACUGCCCUUCUCCCAAAAAGAUGUCAUUUCGAAAAAUGGAUCCUAGCUGUACAAUAGGAUUUUACUGUCGAAAUGUUCAGGACUUCAAACGAGCUUCUGAAGAAAUCACAAAGAUGCUGGAAAUUUCUUCUAAGGAGAAAUAUCCCUUAUUUACUUUUGUAAGUGGUCAUUCCAGAGACUAUGAUUUUACAUCUACUACAACCAAUGAAGAAGACCUUUUCUCAGAGGAUGAAAAGAAAAGAUUAAAAAGAUUUAGCACAGAAGAGUUUGUCUUGCUUUAAGGAUUAGCACAUUUGUGCUUGGUGAGAAGAUCUCCUUUGAAAGGAGAGAAAUGAAGAGAAACAAGUAUACUUGAAACUCAUUUUCACAAAUAUCUUAAUUUUAUAUGUUCUUUAAAAAAAGAACAUUUGAAAAUAUACAAGUUUUAAAGAUAUUUUUCUGAAAGAGAAAUGAUUUAAUGAAUCUUGAUUUCUAAUAAAUAUCAAGUGAUUCUGGCUGCGUUCCUAUUUUCCUAAGAUCUGCUAAUGAUAACUCUUCCUUAACUGCAAGUCUUCCCGUCUUCAAAUUCUUCCACCUGAGGCCACUAGUCUCCUGAAGGUUUUGUGAUAUAGGCCCCAAAAUUGGGAUCACCAAAUAGUUUCAGAAGUUUUAGUUUGUACUAAUGAUCAGAAGACCAGAGAAUGAAUCUUCAGUGCUUUCCUAGCCUCCUGAUAUUGAUGCAACCAAAGGAUACUUUUGGAUGUAUCUUGAUAUAUUAAAUAGUAAUUGUUAGCUGUGAUAUGCAUACAAUUAUAUAAGCAGAAUUGCGAGGUAAAGUAAUACUUAGCAGUAUUAUUUUAUAAUGGCUGCUCAUUUUGCUUGCUGUUGAGGCUUCUCUGAGGAGUGAAUAUAAAGUAUUGGUUUUCCCCACACAUUUAAAGUUUAUGUUAUUAAUAAUUGCAUCCAAUCAAAUCAGAUAAAAGCAAUUGUAAGAUAGGAGUAGUGUUUGUUUCCUAUCUCAAAAAUGAAAUAUUAUGGGAACUCUACUUGUUAUGCAGUUUUUAAAUCUAAAGAUAAGUACCAAGCAAGAUAUCAAUAGGUGCUCCUCUACAUGAGUUUUCUGUUCGUAUGAAUCAGUAUAGUGGUGUUUAGAAGCUGAGGCCGUCUAUGUGGUAAAUCUACCUAAGUGUAUUAUGUGUUAAAGGCAAAUUUGUGAUAUAAAAAUGUUAGAGUUAUUACUGAGCCAGGAUUAUAUACUUUAAUAAAGUUCUGAGAACAUAAAA